GUUUUUGUUUUACUUUGUUAGGAGGAGGUUUCGAGGUUUAUAGAGUCCAGCAGGAAAAAAGUUCCUAAUGUCAUCUCUUUAGGCUUCAAGAAAGCACCACAAUCACUUGUAUUUCACAUUUUGGCACUUUCUUGGCACUUGUUUGUCCCUAUUACAGAAACCCCUUUUUGCAAAAAUUCAUCAAGAUUUUCAUUUUUCAGAAGCCAUAGUUGAAAUCUUUAGGUUAGUAUGGAUGAAGACAGAAUAGGGUUAGUACUGGCUAGAAUCUCUGAGCUGAGAGUAGAGAUUACAAACUGCAUUCACAAAGCAUCCAAGAAAUUAGAUGAAGAAGAAGUGGAAUCUGCAAAUGGAACAAACCCUGAGGCUGAAGAGGACGAUGAAGCAGUGGAUUGUUUGUUGAAGAUUAAGGAUGCUCUUGAAUCACUUGAAGCCCAGGUGUCUUCUUUGCAGGCACUACAAGAGCAACAAUGGUAUGAGAAAGAAGCAGCUCUGUCUGAGAUUGGUUAUAGCCAAGAAAAGUUGCUCCAGACACUGAAAGGGUACAAAGGCAAGGACUUCCAAGUCAUACACGAGGCAAUUGCUUUUGUUUCUGAAACAGUAGAAGACAACAACGAUCUUCUACUUCCCCCAUACCCAAGCAGACCUUCUCGUUCCAUGGUGUCAGACAAGGGUUAUGGCGCACACUUGCCAUCUGCACGGAAGUUCACUCAAAAUGGGAUAACUGGUAACCACAACCACGACUCCAGGAAAGAUCUCGAUGAAGCUAACCGUGAUAGGUCGGAGUCUAAAAGCCCAUUACAAAUGGUUAAGUUAUUCAUCAGUGCUGCAGCCAAAACAGCACUUACAGUUGUUGGCGUAAUCUCUGUCUUGACGUUGGCCGGAUUCGAGCCUCAGCUAAAGAAACGGGAUAAUCAGCUCAAGGUCUCUAACUUGUUUCAACAGCUUGCAAACAGGGAGGCGACAAUGGUUGUUGAAUGCCCUCCAGGAAAAGUCCCAGUGGUUGAAAAUGGUGAAACUCGGUGCGUCGUGAAAGAGAGAAUUGAGAUCCCAUUUGAAUCAGUUGUGGCAACUCCAGAUGUAAAUUAUGGUUGUGGAUGAAAAUGUUAGUCAUUUUCAGCGUUUGUGUAAAUCCCACUGUUUUUUUGACUUUAUUUGAACUCUGCUGAAAGUCUGUGGCCUGACAAUGUAAUUUGUCUUAGCUAGAGAAAGUUCAAUCUGAAAAUAAAAUCUCACACUCAUUGUACCCUGUAACUUCCUCUUUUCUUUAUGUAUGUAGAUAUGCUGAAGAAUUCCCACCA